AGAAAACAUUCAGUUAUGGAAGAUUACCAAUGCAAAGCACCAGAUGUCAGAAUAAAACCUGCUAGUAGGAGAAAGAGCAGACUUCAACCUAUCAGGCCAGAUGUCCUUCGAAGGACAUCAACUGGCUUUGGUGGCGGAGAUCAAACAAAGGCGUUACAAAUGCUUAUGGAAGAAAACGAUCAACUUAAGAAAGAGCUUGAAGAAGCUCGUAAAGAAAUAUUCAAGCUUCGAGAAGAAAAUAUCUCACUUAAAAAGGAUUCUCGCGAUGGUGCCCAGAAAGGUCGUUCAACCUUCCUUACAUCUUCUAAUCCUGAAAGCACUGGUAAGAUCUCCGAGAAUAGCAAAGUCAGUAAUGAUGAGAAAGUCUGCAAUAAUUGUGGCAACAGCAUUGCAAUUAAUAACUACAGCUUGCAUGUAAUCUACUGUGAAAAGAACCUAACAGAAUGCUCGUAUUGAAAAAUAAAAUUUAACAAAUCUGACCUUGACAGCCAUAUCGAGGAAGAAAGAGGAGAAUACCUAGAUUUGUUAGAAGCAGUGAGGAAAGGCAAAAAUUCAGAUAUACAAACUAUGUAUACUCAUGGCAACGACAUAUUCGCAGUUGAUCCAAGUGACAGCAGCGGCGAAACUCUUUUACAUGUUGCUGUAAAGCACGGGAAGAAAGAAACAGUUGAGCUUCUACUUAAAUUAGGAAUUAACAUUAAUUGUCAAAAUAGCAAUGGCGAAGUCCCUCUCCAUCACGCAGUUUCUAUAAAGGAUGAAAAUUGUGCCUUAGAGACGGUUGAAUUCAUGCUCUUAAAAGGAGCAAAUCCAAAACAGAAAGACAAACUUGGUGAUACUCCUAUUGAAAAGUGUAAGAGACUUGGCAAGAGUAAUCUUCUCAUGCUAUUCCUGAAUACAUCAGAUGAGCGAAUCCAAACACCUUCUAUGAAUCUGAGGUUUUAAUGAAAAUGUUAAACUUUAUAAAAUAUAAUCUCUUUCCAAUUA